UGGACAUGAGCAAACUGUCACGUGAUGCAGAAGUUCACGUGACUAGGCCUACACAUGACUUCCAGUCCACCGGCGCCUCCAGGAGAGCAAGGACGCAAGGAAGCAGAGAUGCUGCGAGCCGCGCUGUCUCCACCGCUCUUGCUGCUGCUCGUGUCCUGGGUGUCCCGGGGCGGAGCAGCCCCGGAUCAGGAUAAAAUCGAUUGCCUCCCCGGCCUGGCCAAGCAGCCCGCUUUCGAGCAGUACUCCGGCUACCUCAGAGCCUCGGAUUCCAAGCACUUCCAUUACUGGUUUGUGGAGUCGCAGAAAGACCCAAAGAACAGCCCCGUAGUGCUUUGGCUCAACGGGGGUCCUGGCUGCAGCUCCCUAGAUGGGUUCCUUACAGAGCACGGCCCCUUCCUGAUCCAGCCAGAUGGCAUCACCCUGGAGUACAACCCCUAUUCUUGGAACCUGAUUGCCAACAUGCUGUAUAUCGAGUCCCCAGCUGGAGUGGGCUUUUCCUACUCAGAUGACAAGACAUAUGUGACCAAUGACACAGAGGUGGCUCAGAACAAUUUUGAAGCUCUUAAAGAUUUCUUCCGCCUCUUCCCGGAGUACAAGAACAACAAACUUUUCCUGACGGGAGAGAGCUAUGCUGGCAUCUACAUCCCCACAUUGGCUGUACUGGUCAUGCAAGAUCCCAGCAUGAACCUCCAGGGGCUGGCUGUGGGCAAUGGACUUGCCUCCUAUGAACAGAAUGACAACUCCCUGGUCUACUUUGCCUACUACCAUGGUCUUCUGGGGAACAGGCUCUGGACUCAGCUUCAGACUCACUGCUGCUCUCAGAACAAGUGUAACUUCUACGACAACAGAGACCAGGAAUGCAUCAACAAUCUCCAGGAAGUGUCUCAAAUUGUGAGCAGAUCUGGCCUCAACAUAUACAAUCUCUACGCCCCGUGUGCUGGUGGGGUGCCCGGCAGUGAUAGGUAUGGAGACACGCUUGUGAUCCAGGAUUUUGGCAACCUCUUCACUCGCCUGCCGCUCAAGAAGACGUUUCAUCAGGCACUGCUGCUGCGCUCUGGGAACAAGGUCCGCUUGGAUCCCCCCUGCACCAACACCACAGCCCCCUCCACCUACCUCAACAACCCGUAUGUCCGGAAGGCCCUCCACAUCCCUGAGAAGCUGCCCCGCUGGGACAUGUGCAACCUCGUGGUGAACUUACAGUACCAUCGUCUCUACCAGAGCAUGAACUCCCAGUACCUGAAGCUGCUCAGCUCACAGAAAUACCAGAUCCUACUAUACAAUGGCGAUGUGGACAUGGCCUGCAAUUUCAUGGGGGAUGAGUGGUUUGUGGAUUCCCUCAACCAGAAGAUGGAGGUACAGCGCCGGCCCUGGCUAGUGGACUACGGGGAGAGCGGAGAGCAGGUAGCCGGCUUUGUGAAGGAAUUCUCCCACAUCACCUUCCUCACCAUCAAGGGUGCUGGACACAUGGUUCCCACAGACAAACCCCGAGCUGCCUUCACCAUGUUCUCUCGUUUCCUGAACAAGGAACCAUACUGAAGAGACCCUCGGGAGUCCUCCGCACCUCACUCAGCCCCUGCCAGCCUCUCUCAAUGGAGAGGUCCUCCUUUGUGGAAAAUGCCCCUGUGGGGCAGGUCCUGCUCUAACAUUGUCUCUGGCUUCCCACAGCCCUGUGCCUCCCAGCUGGGCCUCAGGGCUUCACAGAGACAGCCUCGGAGCAGUGAGCACUCUGUCCCCCGCCACAGUGCAGUGGCCUGGCUCCCCCUGACCUGCUUUAAUGAAUGCCCCGUCCCAGGACCCCAACAGAGCUCUAGGGCAGCCCAUGGAGAGGGGUGGAUGGAUUGUAAUUGUCGGUUGGCUGAUCAUGAAAUUAAAUCGGGUACAGCUUCAAA